UUCCUGCCUGCCUCCUUCCGCGGCCUUGUCCUCGCUGCCACCAUGCUGAGCGCCGCCCGCUUAAUGGUUCUGCGCCGCGGAGGGGCCGCUCCCGGGCCAGCCCAGGUUAUCUGGAAUGGAUUAAGUCAAGAAAGCCUCAGAAGAGUAACAAGCAGGAAAUAUGCCUCCGAAGCAAUCAAAGGUGCUGUCAUUGGUAUUGAUCUUGGCACAACCAAUUCUUGUGUGGCAGUCAUGGAAGGAAAGCAAGCCAAAGUGCUGGAAAAUGCAGAAGGUGCCAGGACCACCCCUUCUGUUAUAGCAUUCUCAGGCGAGGGUGAGCGCCUGGUGGGAAUGCCCGCUAAACGGCAGUCCGUAACAAAUCCCCACAAUACCUUCUAUGCUACCAAGCGGCUAAUUGGGCGGCGAUACGAUGAUACGGAAGUGCAGAAAGAUAUCAAGAACGUUCCUUUUAAAAUAGUUCGUGCCUCCAACGGCGAUGCCUGGGUAGAAUCUCACGGAAAGCUGUAUUCCCCAAGCCAAAUCGGUGCCUUCAUAUUAAUGAAGAUGAAAGAGACUGCAGAAAACUACUUGGGGCAUCCGGCAAAAAAUGCUGUCAUCACAGUCCCUGCUUAUUUCAACGAUUCUCAACGGCAGGCUACUAAGGAUGCCGGGCAGAUUGCUGGAUUGAAUGUUUUGAGAGUGAUAAAUGAGCCCACAGCUGCAGCACUGGCCUAUGGCUUAGACAAGGCUGAAGACAAAAUUAUUGCAGUCUAUGACUUGGGUGGUGGCACUUUCGAUAUUUCUGUCUUGGAAAUUCAGAAGGGAGUCUUUGAGGUCAAAUCCACCAAUGGUGACACUUUCUUGGGUGGUGAAGAUUUUGACCAAGCCUUGUUGCAGCAUAUUGUAAAAGAGUUCAAGAGAGAGACAGGUGUCGAUUUAACUAAAGAUAACAUGGCUCUACAGAGAGUGAGGGAAGCCUCAGAAAAAGCAAAGUGUGAACUCUCUUCUUCAGUCCAGACAGACAUUAACUUGCCGUACCUUACAAUGGAUGCUUCGGGACCAAAGCACUUGAACAUGAAGCUGACUCGCUCUCAGUUUGAGGGGAUUGUGGCCGAUCUGAUUCGGAGGACCAUCGCACCUUGCCAGAAAGCCAUGCAGGAUGCUGAAGUCAGCAAGAGUGACAUUGGAGAAGUUCUCUUGGUUGGCGGCAUGACCAGAAUGCCGAAGGUGCAACAGACUGUCCAGGACAUGUUUGGUCGUGCUCCUAGCAAAGCAGUUAAUCCUGAUGAGGCUGUUGCCAUUGGUGCUGCCAUCCAAGGGGGAGUGUUGGCUGGUGAUGUUACUGAUGUGCUGCUGCUGGACGUAACUCCCCUUUCCCUGGGAAUUGAGACGCUAGGGGGAGUGUUCACUAAGCUCAUCAACAGGAACACCACUAUUCCAACUAAGAAGAGCCAGGUAUUUUCUACAGCUGCUGAUGGACAGACUCAGGUGGAGAUCAAAGUCCAUCAGGGUGAGAGGGAAAUGGCUGCGGACAAUAAACUUCUUGGCCAGUUUACUUUGGUUGGGAUUCCACCAGCGCCAAGGGGAGUACCCCAGAUCGAGGUCACCUUUGACAUUGAUGCCAAUGGAAUUGUUCACGUCUCUGCAAAAGAUAAAGGCACAGGACGGGAGCAACAGAUUGUGAUCCAGUCUUCUGGUGGCCUUAGCAAAGAUGACAUUGAGAAUAUGGUGAAGAACGCAGAGAAAUAUGCAGAAGAAGACAGGCGAAGGAAGGAACGUGUUGAAGCUGUAAACAUGGCAGAAGGAAUCAUCCAUGAUACAGAAUCCAAGAUGGAAGAGUUUAAAGAUCAGUUGCCUGCUGAUGAGUGCAACAAGCUGAGAGAAGAAAUUGCGAAAAUGCGGGAGCUGCUGGCUCGUAAGGACAGCGAAACGGGCGAGAAUAUCCGGCAGGCAGCCUCCACCCUUCAGCAAGCGUCCCUGAAACUUUUUGAAAUGGCCUACAAAAAGAUGGCAUCAGAGCGGGAGAGUUCCGGGAGCUCCGAGACCUCUGGGGAUCAGAAGGAAGAAAAGCAAUAACUUCCAUAGACGGGAGCAGGAAGAGGACAAUGUUCCAACGCUUAGGAGCCAAAGGACCUUCCUGAGCAGCUGUGGGCAAACUUAUGUCUUACUGUGUUUUUGCAGUAUUCUAUACAUAAUUUCCUAAAUGUAUACAGUUAGUGACGGUGUCUACUAGUGAAAUUGUCAGCCGAUUUAAAAGAAAAAAUAUAUAUUAAUGCGAGACAGCUCCCCAUGGUCAGUGACACUUUCAAGUGCAUCCCGGGGGUUCGUGGAGCUCCCCGAGUAGACAGGGGUAAGCGCAGCACUAAUCUCUGAAGAUUCAGAAACCAUGUCACAAAUUCAGAGUAGGGCUGGGAUUCCUGAUGCUGGGAUUGUGUAAAUUCCAACCUGGACGCUCCUUAGGGGAAGGGGGUUUCUGCUUUAGUGCGAGGAGAUUUUUAUGGGGCCUGGGUUCAGCAGAGGCUGGGCUAUCGACCUAGGUAGAGGAUGUGCGGAUCUGCACCUUAGGGCUUAGUAUCCUUGUCUCAAAGGAGGUGGGUUGUUUUAAUGUAGCUGUUACUAUAAAUAAGGCUACUCUGAAGGGUCAUGCACUGCUUGUUGAAGCUUUUCUGUUCUGUCCAGUGUCAAUUCCUCCUUGCAGAAAAACUACUUCCCUAUUAAUAAAAUUGUUCUUACAUGAUCUAGCCUGUGUGUUUAAAAAUAAAUGCUUUAUUUACAUCUU